AUGAAGAUUUUAAUAACUUUAUUAUUAAUAUCAUUUUUUAUUAAUUUUAUUAAAUCAGAAUCAAAAAUUUUAAAAAAUUACGUUGAAAAAAAAGAUAGUCAUUAUAAAUGGAGUUUAAAUGAAACAUAUGAAACAAAUUUUAAUUCAAAAAUUUAUAUUCUUGAAUUAACUUCUCAACAAUGGAUGAAGGAUCAUAGUGAUAAUAGUAUUUGGAAACAUUGGUUAACUAUUUGUGUACCAAAUGAUUAUUUGAAUAAAAAUAAUAAUAAUGUUGGUCAUAUGCAUAUUACAGAUGGUAUAAAUCAAAAUUGGGCAACACCAACAUUACAAUCUCUAAAUAAAUUUAGUAUGGAUAUUUGCAACCAAACAUCAGCAAUCACUUCAACUCUAUAUCAAGUCCCAAAUCAAUUCAUUACAUUUGAAAAUGACGGUAUCCCAAGACAAGAAGAUGACAUAGUUGCAUACACUUGGCGUAAGUAUAUAGAUACUCAAGAUUCAAAUUGGGUUAGUUUAUUACCACAAACCAAAGCUGCUACCUCUGCAAUGACUGCAAUUCAAGAAUUUGGAAAACAGAAAUCAUUCUACACGAUUGAAAAAUUCGUUGUUUCAGGUGCAAGUAAAAGAGGUUGGACCACUUAUGGUAUCGCAAUGGUUGGUGAUAAAAGAUUAGCCGCUGCUAUUCCAAUGGUAAUUGGUGUACCAAAUUUAGUAAAAGGUAUUAAAGAACAGUUCACCAGUUAUGGCAAUUGGUCAUGGGCUCUUGAUUCUUACCAAAAUCAAGGUAUUCCAUCAUUUUUCGAUACAAAAUAUUUCAAAGUUGUCACAGAUAUUGUUGAUCCUCUAAAUUAUUUAGAUGUUAUGAAAAGUAUACCAAAAUUUAUUAUUCUCACAGUUCAUGAUGAAUUCUUUUUACCUGAUUCAACUAAAUACUUUUUUAAUCAAAUUAAAGGUGAAAAAAGAUUAGGUAUUUAUCAAACUAAUCAUGGAGUUUCAAAUUUUCAAGGUGUUUCAACUGAAGUUUCGAAAUAUUUUAAAUUAAUAUCAAAUAAUCAAGUACGUCCUGAAUUAUCAUGGAAUAUCGUUUACUCAAGUGAUAACAAUUCUGCUACAAUUAAUAUGAAAGUUGUUAAAGGUGGUACACCAAGUAAAGUAGUUGCAUAUUCAGUGGAUACAUUAUCAAAAACCAAAAGAGAUUUUAGAAUGUUUACCUGCUUCUCUGAUACUUGUUAUCAAAAUUACACAGGAUUAUGGAAAACUUAUCCAAUCGAUUUAACAAAUGAUAAUUCUUAUUCAUUCAGUUUAUCAAGACCAGCUAAUGGUGGAUGGACUGCAUUUUAUUUUGAAGUAGAAUUUGAAAAUGCCAAUGGUGAUAAUAUCGCUCAUAUCAAUACUGAAUUGGCAAUCGUACCAAAUCAAUAUCCAUUCUCACCAUGUACUAAAGAAAUUUGUGCUUCAGGCGUACCAGAAUGGGUUCCUAAUUCUUCAAGUAUUUUAUCAAUCAACUCUAUUUUAAUUUUAUUAAUUUCAUUAUUUAAAUUUUUACUAUUUUAA